CCCCGCGCCAGUGUCGCGCGCGCCGUCAGCCGGGCCGCACGCCAACCGCCACACGUUCGAGCACCACCCAGCGCCAGCCGCAGACGUAGACGCCAGCCGCCGCACCCGCCCCCGCCACUCCGCUCCCAGCCCGGACACCCUCAGACACACGCGCACUGAAGGCAAUGGUGAGAAAAUACGAGAGAAUGAGCGGCCGACAGUCAUGGAGCGAAGAGGACAUGGCGAAGGCUGUAGCCGCCGUGGUCUCAGGUAAGAUGGGAUACAAACUCGCCGCCAGGACCUUCCACAUACCACGCUCUACUCUCCAGAGGAGAGCCAGCAAGAUUCGCUACCAACUACAGGCUACAGAAGAUCCUAAACCACUAAUGGGGCAUUACAGAAGAGUCUUCACAGAAAGCCAGGAAAAGGAUCUUGUUGGCUACAUAAAAAGUAUGCAGAAGCACUUCAUGGGUGUUUCUAGGCGUGACAUAAGAGAGCUAGCUUUCCAGUAUGCCGAAGAUAACCGCCUGAAUCACCCAUUCGAUGUGAACUCGCGAAUGGCUGGCGAAGAUUGGGUGAGGAACUUUUUAAAACGCAAUCCUGAACUAUUGGACAAUCCGGAGAGGGAUUUUGAUAUGGAACCGGUGAACUUUGAUCAGUUUUACCAUUUCAUGUGCCAGCUGUCGUGAUAACGUCUUGAUUUAAAGGUGAAUCUUAUAUGUAUACCCUUAGCUGCUUUUUUAAUGUUGACUUACGAUAGGCGUGGAUUGUCUAUCGGAAUCGGUAGACAAGGGGCUAACUCGACAUAUUCCUAAAAACUUUUAAAUUGUUUGCCUUUUCAAAUUUCAUACAGGUUAAAAAAACAAGUUUGUUUAGUUUAUGUAACCAAUUUUUACAAAACAUAUUUGUAAUCACGAGUAAUGAGUUCUGUUUUAACCUGUUAUAACUCAUUUUGAGAUCUUGCAACAUCCACUCAUUAAAAACCAUAAUAAUUAUGAGCUAUUCGGAUGCCUACGUUAUUUUUAGCACGAUAUUUAUUUAAAUCCGAAUAUAGCUGCUAAGGUCACAUACACUCCGCCACUAGUUAAGCUAUACAAACUGUCACUUUUUUAACUGUAACUAUGAACGCAUUGUAAACGAUAUGAAGCACGAUUUUUUACUAAGAAUUAUGACAGAUUGUAACAUCUUUAAGAGUAGUGUGCUGGACCGACAAUGUGCAAAUGUCGAUUUUAGAUAGAUGAACAAAAUAUUUAACAUAAUAUUUUAAAAGUGUAGGGAGCAAAGCUCGAACAUUGUUUUUUUUUCUGAUAUUAUGUACAUACUUUAAUUAGGUAAUUACUUAAUAAGAAAAUUACUAAGUACUUAUGUGUUAAUGUAGUUACUGACUUACUGUGUUUAUGUUAAAGUUUUAUUUCUGUUGUUAGUUAGAACGGUAAAUGGACUUGCUAAAAUUACGGGCUGUGAUAAAAAAGAAAGGUAUAUUUAUAACACAUAUCAGAUUUAUUUAUUGCAACGAAAUGGUUUAUAAAAAAAAGAUUAAUUAUAGCACAAAUUUACUUAUUUUUGUUAUUGAAAGUAGUUACCUCAUGAAAUCGGUUAUUUCUUCAUUGGACAUAUUAAUGGUUCCACUUAAUUCAAUGUAAUUCCAAUGACAAUUAGUUAUAGUACUUAAUCACGAUGUCAAUAGCGUACAUUCAAAACAGCAUUAAAGCUAGUUGCUUUAGUAAAAUUGCGCCUGCCUACUGUUUUGAACUUUUUGGCCAUUUAUAUAAAACAAUCAAUAGAAAAAUUGCCCGCAAGUAUCUUGUAUAUGCGUCGAAACACUUAAUGAUGACCUACUUAAUAAUUUAGUACAAUAUACACCUACAUUCAAUUUGCGUAUAGUACAAAGUUGAAUCAUUAGUAGAAAUUCCAAUGAUCCCCAGAACGUUUCUAGUGACGUCAUUGAGAAGGCGCGCGAUUACGUGAAAUAAAAGGAAAAUAAUUUUGUUACUAUUAUGUAAUAUGGUACCAAGUGUUGUGAUAACGGGUUAUUAGUGGUGAUUGGUUAUUUUAGGAAGCGUUAAGCGGGAAAAGGGAAUAUAGAUGUCUUAAAUUUCGACCCAAUUUGAUGAUUACAAUCUCAUAUUUUCAGUUAGUCCAUAAAAUAUGCAUUAUAGGUUAUAGCGAAUUAAAAAAAUUUACUGCAAAUAAAGAAUUGCGGUAUAAGCUAAAUAAAUUAUUAAAAGUGAUCUAGUUCCAUUGAGGCCACUUCGAAAUUGCUUACGUACUUAUUUUACAAUUAAGUACUUACUCUGCAGAAUGAUAUUACAAUGUCUUGGAUGUUAUAUAUAUUGACACUUAAUAAUAAAUUAAUUACUCGAAGUCUCGUUCUUUUUUGUAACGCGUAUGUUGACUGUGGGACUUCGUGACUAAACAAUAUAGAAUGAUUUCGUAUAGGAGUUUUGUACCUUUUACUAUGCGUGAAGUUAUUCUUAUUUACGAAUGUACGUUGUACGGGCUACGCCUGAGUUUCCUGAGAAAAAAAAAUGUUAAAACUGGGUAGAUGUUGUGUGUAAUAUCUGAGAAUGGCCGACUUUAUAUGUAUGCCCUGUUUGUAUUUGCAUCUUAGAUCAGACCAAAUAAACCAAAUUUGUUGGUCCCUAAAGAGGUCCAAAUACAAUAAGAUCUUUUAGCACAUUUAAACUAGUUUACAUAAGAUCCCUAAAAAUCUGAACAAUUCGGUUGGGUAUCUCCUCUUUCUUUAGAAUUCUGUUAAAAUGUGAUUUACUGCUCGUAUAUGGGGUGCAACAAAUACUAGUGAAAUCUCAUGAGCAUGACCUAACAAGUUCUUUUUUGUGAUAUCAUGUCGUGUAUCUGGUGGUAAGAACCACACCUACCUAUAGCAGUUGCAAUGCUACUAUGAGUUUUAAUCACAAUAAUAUACAAAGUAGACAAGUUUCAUAUGCCUUUAAUUUCACCGGCACCCUAUGGUGGAAGUACAUCUUUGGACGAACACUCGCAAGGAGCUCUACCGCCACAACGCGGGUUACGAGUGCUAAUGUUAUAGAACAACUUUCCCUUUAGAACCCAUACCAAAGUCUGUCAAAUUUGUCAUCUUUCCAUAUAAGGAAAAUCGACAGGCGGGGUUCCAUUUGAUUAAUAAUUUAGAGAAAUCCCUGUACUGUGUGCAUCGAAAUUAUUUUCGGGGCACUAUUGCGACCAGACCAGAAACAACUAAAAGAAACUGGUUAUAAGUCCUACCGAUAAUGGAACUCGGGAUUUCAUAGGGAGAUCAUCAAUUUUGUCAUAAAUGUUCUACUAUAUGAUAGCUGGAGUCAUGAAAUUUCACUCGUACUUUUUUUUGCACCUGUAUUAAAUGUUUUUCGAAGUGACCCGCGUGUCUAAUAAAUACAAUUCAAGUUAAGCUUGGGAUUAAUAUAUUUUUCUAAUAGAUAUCUGCACACUGACUGUCGUAUGAAACAUUUUUAUUAUCGUAUUAACAUAUGAGCGAGCUUAGAUUGAAAGUUUUUUGUAAAUACGAAAAACUUGCUUAGCUCGCCAUAUUUGAUUAGUCGAAAUUAAAGUUUGUUUUAUAAAUUUCAGCUUUAGUAGUUACAUUUCAAAGGCGAAUAUUGCCCAGUAGUCGUCGUGUACACCUACUUAUGAAUAUAUCUUAUUGAUUAAACGAGCUUAAAAUGUAAAGAGCUGAUCCGAAGUCGUUGCUGAAAAACAUACCUAAUGCUCGUACGAUAGUCAGCACGUAGAGACGAUAAUACAUUUGUAAAAUGAAGUACUGUACUAUUAUCUGAAGAUCAAGUUUCGAAAUCCUUCAAGUUUUACGGAAACAGACGUAUGCAAUUGAGAAACUCUGACCCCGAAAAACGUUACUUAAUAUAAACCUUACAUUUUACUACUAAGGUAAAACUUUUAAUUGUACGGUUGACUUAUUUUUGUUUUUAACCGACUUCCGAAAAAGGAGAAGGUUCUCAAUUUAACUGUAUAUAUUUUUUGUAUGUAUGUUAUAACUCUUUCAUGAGCCGAUUUUGACUAUUCUUUUUUGUUGGUAAGAAGAUACCUCUAUGGUGGUUCCAUUUAUAUUUAAAUAUAAUAUUUCACCUCUAAGGGUGGCAAACUAAUGAAUGACUUUUGAAGUCGGUUUUUUUAGUACUCUGUACUGAGAUUAUUAUCUGAUAAGCUAUGUACAGGUAUUCAAAGUCUCUAUUUAAUUGUAACCAAUUACCAACCUUAUAUCUUAAAGCCUCAGGUAAACUUUUCAUUGCAGUGGUUUUUAAAUUUGCAAGAAAUCUAUAAUGUCAAUUAAUGCAUUACAUAUAUAUAUAAUAUGUAAUGUAUUAAUAUACAUUACAUCAAAAGUUUGUGGAAUUACAUUUAUUUGCCAAGUUUUAUUGAAAUUGGUUAACAGAAAGU